UGAAGGAAACCCUGCGUUGAUGGGGAGUUCGCCUCCAGUCGCGUUUCCAUUGGUUCCGGACCAGCCUGGCGGCCCUCCUUUUUCUCCUCUGCCACGUAAUGGCUGCCCCCGAGACCCAGGGGGCUGCUGCCGGAGGGGAGGAGGACUGUGAGGGCAACCACAGCAAAGUCGCGGGUGUCAGUUAUGAGGAUUACCUUCUUCCUGACCUAGCCAAGGAGUGUGUGCAUAGUAAGGAUUGUAUCCUGGAGCCGCUUUCCCUGCCAGAAAGUCCAGGUGGCAUCACCGCUUUAGAAGGUUCUCCAUCUGUGCCUUGUAUUUUCUGUGAAGAACAUUUUCCUAUGGAUGAACAAGACAAAGUUCUGAAGCACAUGAUUAUUGAACAUAAGAUGGUCAUAGCUGAUGUCAAGUUGGUUGCUGAUUUCCAAAGGUACAUUUUAUAUUGGAGGAAAAGGUUCACUGAACAGCCCAUUACAGAUUUUUGUAGUGUGAUAAGAAUCAAUUCCACAGCUCCACUUGAAGAACAAGACAAUUACUUUUUGUUAUGUGACGUUUUACCAGAAGAUCGACUACUUAGAGAAGAACUUCAGAAAGAGAGACUGAAAGAAAUUCUGGAACAACAGCAGCAAGAAAGAAAUGAUAACCAUUUUCACGGUAUUUGUAUGUUUUGCAAUGAGGAAUUUUUCGGGAACAGAUCUGUUCUUUUAAACCACAUGGCCAGAGAACAUGCUUUCAACAUUGGAUUGCCAGACAACAUUGUAAACUGCAAUGAAUUUCUAUGCACUUUACAGAAAAAGCUGGACAACUUGCAGUGCUUGUACUGUGAGAAAACCUUCAGGGACAAAAAUACACUUAAAGAUCAUAUGAGGAAAAAACAGCAUCGGAGGAUUAAUCCUAAGAACAGAGAAUAUGACCGAUUUUAUGUCAUCAAUUAUUUGGAACUUGGAAAGUCGUGGGAGGAAGUUCAACUGGAAGAUGAUCGGGAGUUGCUAGACCAUCAGGAAGAUGACUGGUCUGAUUGGGAAGAACGCCCUGACUCUGCUGUCUGCCUAUUUUGUGAAAAGCAAGCAGAAACCAUUGAGAAAUUAUGUAUCCACAUGGAGGAUGCUCACGAGUUUGAUCUCCUCAAAAUAAAGUCAGAACUUGGAUUAAAUUUCUACCAGCAAGUAAAACUGGUCAAUUUCAUCCGGAGACAAAUUCACCAAUGUAAAUGUUAUGGCUGCCAUGUGAAAUUCAAAUCCAAAGCAGAGUUAAGGACGCAUAUGGAAGAAGCUAAACAUACAUCACUGCUUCCUGAAAGAAAGACGUGGGAUCAACCAGAGUAUUAUUUUCCAACCUAUGAAAACGACACUCUACUAUGUACACUGUCUGACAGUGAAAGUGACCUGACAGCUCAGGAACAAAAUGGAAAUAUUACCAUCAUCAGUGAAGAUAUAUCUAAACUGCAUGCUUUGAAACAAAGCAGUAUUUUGAAUCAGUUGCUACUACAUGAGAGUUUGAAAAACUAGAAGAAAAUGCCACAGAAAAACUAGAAGACAAUGCAACUUCUUGUGUUUUUUCUCUUAUGAGACGAUUAAUA